ACGAAAAGUGUAUUUAUUUUCAUUGGGAAGAAGAAACCAGAAAACUGUGGAGGUUAGACAAAUAGGGAGAGUUUAUUUUUCUUCUACAGGUCAUGAGGCCAGUUAAUGAUCAGCGAGACCCAAGUGAGUGUUUGGUAUCCAAAACUUCAAGAGGCAGGCUUCUGUGAUCUCUUUUGGCAUUAGGGUUCGGCUUCACUCCAGCUCUGAGACCUCCAGUUCAGCAAUGUCCCCAGGCCUAGGGGAGAGAAGCUUCUGGUCGUGGGGACUCCUUUUGUGGCUCAGCAUUGGAAGUGCAGGAGAUGCACCACCUAUCCCACAGACAAAGUGCACUGACUUUCAGAAUGCUAAUCUUCUCCAAGGCACCAGUCUCAAAGUCCAGUUUCUCCUCUUCACCCCUUUGGAUCCUAGCUGUGGUCGGCUAGUGCAGGAAAGUAGUGACAUCCAAAACUCUGGGUUUAAUGCCUCUCUGGGAACCAAACUAAUCAUCCAUGGAUUCAGGGCUUUAGGUACAAAGCCUUCCUGGAUUGAUAAAUUCAUCAGUGCCGUUCUUCAGGCAGCAAAUGCUAAUGUGAUUGCUGUGGACUGGGUUUAUGGCUCAACGGGUAUCUACUUCUCAGCUGUGCAGAAUGUGGUUAAGCUGGGCCUAGAGAUCUCCCGUUUCCUCAAGAAACUACUGGUGCUGGGUGUGUCAAAGUCCUCAAUCCACAUCAUUGGUGUUAGCCUGGGAGCCCACGUUGGGGGCGUGGUGGGAUAUUUCUACGAAGGCCAGUUAGGACGGAUCACAGGCCUGGACCCCGCUGGACCAGAGUACACCAGAGCCAGCCUUGAGGAGCGCCUGGACCCUGGAGAUGCCCUCUUUGUGGAGGCCUUCCAUACAGACACUGACAAUGCAGGUAUUCGGAUUCCUGUUGGACAUGUGGACUACUUCGUCAAUGGAGGCCAAGACCAACCUGGCUGUCCCACUUUCAUUCAUGCAGGCUACAGUUACCUGAUCUGUGAUCACAUGAGGGCUGUGUACCUCUACAUCAGUGCCCUGGAGAAUUCCUGUCCAUUGAUGGCCUUUCCCUGUGCCAACUACAAGGCCUUUCUUGCUGGACAAUGUCUGGAUUGUUUUAACCCCUUUCUGCUUUCCUGUCCAAGAAUUGGCCUGAUGGAACAAAGUGGUGUCAAGAUACAGCCGCUUCCCAAGGAAGUGAAAGUGUACCUCCGGACCACUUCCAUGGCUCCAUACUGUGUGCAUCACAGCCUCGUGGAGUUUUACUUGCAGGAGCCAAGAAACAAGGAUACCUGCAUCUCCAUCACCUUCCUUAGUGGCAAUGUUACUUCUUCAGUUGAGAUCACCAUACCUAGACAGAAACUCCAGGGGAAAGGAAUCAUAGCUCACACCAAUGCCCAGUGCCAGAUAAACCAAGUGAAAUUCAAGUUUCAUUCUUCCCAUCUAGUUUGGAAAAAAGACCGGACUACAAUUGCCGGGAAGUUCUGCACUGCUCCUUUGCCAGUCAAUGACAACAAACAGACUGUCUGCUUACCAGAGCCAGUGAAUUUACGAGCAAGUAUGACUGUUUCUCGUGAGCUAAAACUAACGUGUGUAUAGUAGAAGCCUGGGCAAGAUGCAUCUCUCUGGACUUCAGAGGUUGGGGAGCUAUGUUCAACUUAUUAUAUGCCAUUACUACUAGAAGGAAGGCAAAAUUCAUGGUUAUUUCCCCCAUAAUGAGCCACCUUUGAACGGAGAGAUAACUCAUCUAACAGAGCUUUGUCUCUUACCAAUUUGAAUAGCCUUACAAAAAUACCACUUCAGCUUUUCUGUUCCUAUUUAACUGCAUAUUAACUGCAAUUACCCUAUAUCCUUGACCAUCUGUGUCUAGGAUUCAAUGGAAACAUUCACAGGAAACACGUUUUUAAAAAAAAUAAA